AGCGAACUCGUUCAUAACUGUGCGACACAGUUGCAAAGUGAUGAUGUUUACGGUGAAUGGGGGGUGAGAAAAACGCACAAGUCAGAGCAGAAAGAAGAGUGGGAGAAGGUAACAAAACUACAAAUUAAAACUCGUGUCUUAAACACAUUUUAUUCGCGUAUGUUAGCGAAUGUGGAAAAAAUUCGUUGUUUUUAGUCGUACAGCGCACAGUUAAGUUUAGUAAAAAUAUAUUAAAUCGCACGAACAACCGCCGAUACCCCUCCCCAAACGCACACAGAGCAACAGCAGCAGCAACCACAAUAACAACAACAACGACGACGACAAUAGCUAAAAAUUGACUAUGAAUAACGGAUUCAGCACCGGCGAGGAGGACUCGCGGGGCGGUCACACGGACCAAACAUGCUGCCUGAUCGAUGAUAUGGAGCGUUGCCGCAACCAGGCUGGCUAUGCCAGCUACAGUAAGCGCAUACAGAAAACGGUCGCACAGAAGCGGCUCAAACUGAGCAGCGAUCCAAGUGCGCAGCACAUUUACAUAUGCGACUAUCACAAAGAGCGCAUUCAAUCGGUGCGAACGAAACGGCGACGCAAGGACAGCGAGGACGACAGCAACGAGACGGACACGGAUUUGCAUGAAUUUCCCGAUCUAUAUCAGCUGCAUGUGUCCACGCUGCGUCGUUAUAAGCGUCACUUCAAGGUGCAGACGCGACAGGGCAUGAAGCGUGCGCAAUUGGCGGAUACCAUCAUGAAACAUUUCAAGACAAUACCCAUAAAGGAAAAGGAGAUCAUAACGUUUUUUGUGUACAUGGUCAAAAUGGGCUCCAAUAAAUUGGAUCAAAAGAAUGGCAUUGGCAAUGAUACCACUUGAACGCAACUCUGACGGCGGCCGCGCUAUCGUUAUCGUUAUCGCUAUCGUUAUUGAUGCCGGCUGCUGAAUUUUAGCGCUAGCUGUCCUGCUCACACACACAGUCACAUAAACUAUGCGUACAGUGAAAUCGAAUUAGCCGCAUUUGCAGCCAAAACAAAAUUUACAGUUUUCUCUUUAUAACUUUUUUCUUCUUGGUUUUUUUUUUUUUUUUUUUUUGUUAUUUUCAAUUUUUUAAUUGUUGUCUUGCAUGAGUAUCAUGCCGCGGGUUCGGCCCUGUAACAUAGCACGGCUGGAUGCAUUGAUCAGAAUGGUUUUUGGGGUUUCGGUUUUAUAGACAACUUGUGGUAAUACAUAAAUUAAAUUUUAUAUAUUUUUAAAUUCUAUUCAUGUAAAUUCUCAAGAUUUUGUUUUCGUAUAAUUAUGUCAGAAAUAUAUUGUUUCUGCUUCACUGUACUACGUCAGCAUAGCCGCGGUGUCCACUUACCAAAUGCCCUAAUAGCCCACACAUCGACAAACACACACACACAGAAACAGAAACACCACGACCAUAUGAAUUGUAGAAGCGGUCGCAGCAACAACCACAACAACAAAAACACAACUGGUGCUCCCAAAAUAGUAUAAACGAAAAUAUUGCAAUUGGAGGUUAAAGGAAACAAAAAUUGAAUAGUAAUUGUAGCGUUCAUUGUUAAUAGCUCUUUAUACAAAAACAAAAAACAAAAAACAAAAAAAAACUAAUUUUACAUAGAUAAUAAUACUAUGUAAAUGACACAAUUGAAGACCCAAUUUUGGGGCCAAACGAUAAGCAACUAACAUUUACCUUAGCCUUUCAUUAUUAAAUGCUGAUUUGUCACCUCUUAGCCAAAAGCAAUCAAAUAAAAUUCUAAAUCUGCCAACGUGAAAUGAAUGAAUUAUAAGAACAACAAUCAAUAACUUCAUAAAAUUCUACGUAAAUUAAAAACUGUUUAAUAAUAUGUAAUUAUUAAAUUAAUAAUUAAAUUUAAAUUAAAUUGUAAAUGUAGUUUUUAACCUGAAUUUUAAGAACUUAUUUAAAUCAAAAACAAACAAAACGAAAGAAAAAAAAACAUUUUUAAAUUGAACAAAAUCUGCCGUUUUCGGCAGAAUGUUGCUCGCAAACCCUUGCAGGAUUGUUAUAUACAUACAUAUAUUCUAUGGAAAUACAGCCAUAGAUAUAAAGAAGUAGAUCUCUUCGGCUGUUGUUCGAAAAGAGCUUUAAAACUGCCUGAAUUAAUGUGGUAAAUACUUAUAAACGGGAUUAAUUAAACCCUCUUAUACGUAAAAGUGCCAUCUGCAAGGGUAUACAAAUGUGCGUGGCAAUAAAAAAAAAUGUUAUUUUUAUUUAAUUACAUAAAUUAAAAGCAAUGCGCGUUUUAUUCGGGCAACAAUUAAUGUAUCAUAGCAAUAAAUAAACAUAGCAAUAAACACAAAUAGAAUAGUCCAUAUUAAAGUCUUGUCCUCCAAGACAUGCUGUGUGCUGACAUCUUUGAUGACAUGUCAUCAGCAUAGUCGAUGGACUUAGCGACAAGCUUAUAGACAUUUUAGGUUAGAAAAUUGAUCAACAAAUAAAGAACGCUCUCGCUUAACGCAACCCAUUAAAAUCGGUUCAAUUGCAGAAACCAAAAUAAAAUGUAAUAUUUGCCAACUGACCUGCUUUUAAAAAAGAGAUGCCUUUUAUAUACAUUAUUAUUAAAGUUAAUUAAAUAAAUCCGUGUUUGAAAUAA